AUGGCUUACAGGGCCAAAGGCCAUGCAUCAAAUGAAGUGGAAGGGUCCUUCAUUGAGCAAUAUAGGAGAAUUUAUGAUUAUGCACAUGAGUUAUUAGCAAGAAAUCCUGGGUCCACAAUAAAGGUGAAAGUUGAUCCAGUUAAUGGCAAACCAAUCUUCAGGAGGUUUUAUGCAUGCUUAAAGGCAUGUAAAGAUAGCUUUGUCUCAUGCAGGCCAAUCAUUGGCCUUGAUGGAGCCUUUUUGAAAGGCAGACACCAUGGUGAGCUACUAACUGUUGUGGGUCGAGAUGCUAACGACCAAAUGUUGCCACUAGCAUAUGCAAUAGUAGAAGUUGAGAACAAGGACACUUGGACAUGGUUUCUGGAGCUGUUGAUUGAUGACUUAGGUGGUCCAGAUGUGUGUUCUGGUCUAAGACAAGCAGUUCAAGAUGUUGUUCCUGGAGUUGCACAAAGAUUCUGUGUAAGGCAUUUAUAUGCCAACUUCAGGAAGAAAUUUCUUGGAAAGAAUCUGAAAAAGCUCAUGUGGAGGGCAGCUUUAGCUACUCACCCACAACAAUGGGAGAAUAUCAUGAGAAGUAUCAAAGAGGUGAAUGAAGAUGUUUUUCGACACCUCAUGAGCCUUCCUCCAAGGUUUUGGUCUAGAUCAAGGUUCACAAGCACAACUACAUGUGAUACCUUGGUGAAUAAUAUGUCAGAAGCAUUCAAUAGUGUUCUGGUCAAUACAAGGACAAAACCUAUCAUUACAAUGUUGGAGGAAAUCAAACUAUACAUGAUGAAGAGCUGGUCUGUACAUAGACUGUUUGAAGUCCGACAUGUGUCCCAAACUGGAGACAACUUUGUGGUGGAUAUAGAUCAAUAUUCAUGCUCAUGCAGGAAAUGGAGCAUCUCGGGAAUACCUUGUGCACAUGCAUUGGCUGCAAUGAAGUUACUCAACAUAGAUGCACAACAACACAUACCUGCAUGUUUUACAAAGUCAGCCUAUGAGGAAAUUUAUUCCUCUGUUAUUUUUCCCAUUAAUGGAAACAAUCUCUGGGAGGUAACCGAAUGGCCAGAUGUGAUGCCUCCAUCAAAAAGACAGAUGCCUGGACGUCCAAAGAAGAAGAGGAGGUUAGAGCAAUGGGAGUUGCAGAAAAGUAACACCAGAAUGUCAAAAGGAGGAUUACUCAAGAGAUGUGGCGUGUGUAGGGAACCUGGUCACAACAAGAAAAAUUGUCCCCAGAAAAACCAAGCACAGGAAGAUGGACAACAACCCUCUUCAUUGGCUGAUGAUCAACCAGAUAGAGAACAACCAGUUCAGAACUCAAGAAUAUUAUUUGUUUUAGUUGUAGUCAAUGCUUAUCACUUUAUGUUUCAGUUUGUAAUAGACUAA